AUGAAUCCAGCUAUUAUGGAUCAUACCUACUCAUUCAACCAGGGCCAAAUGGGGUAUCCUUAUUCUUGCACACCCGUUCCUGGGAACUACAAUGUACAAUUUCCUGGAUAUGGUGGACCAUACCCACAGCCAUUCUUUGGACCACCACAGCCAUGUUCCAGCAUACCAUAUGCAUAUGGCCCAUAUUACGGAACGUUCCCACCGGGAUACAUGGCACCUCAACAGCAAUUACCCCCAAACCUGCAUACAACUCCCAGGACCAGGAACAAAGAGAUGGGUUCAAGACUGAUGAGACCUGGAGAUUUCAGCAGCUAUGCAUCUGACCUGCCUGCAACAUUACACCAUCAGCAGCAGAUGCCCACAGUUCCCAGAAAGAGUCCACCAGGUUUUCCACAAAUACUGAGUGGUGAAAUUUCACCUGCUGGUAUGCAGUGGAAUACCUUGGUGUCACACACAGGUCUCCUUGUUUCUGGAAUUUCAAAGACAGAAGAUAUGCAGGACAGAGAUGACUCAGAAGACAGUUCUGUUGAGUUAGGACCACCGAGUACUGAGCAUUCAACUGCUGGUUGCCAAACAACUCCAGAUACUGAUACAACAUCCAAGUGCAAACAAACACUGGACCUGACUUUGGAUACACAGCCUUCUAGGAGUGAUGUUUGCCUGAGCAUAGCAAUGAGUCAGUUGUAA